CCUUUAAGUAUGUUACUGUUAAUUGCUAAAUACAGGAAUUUUAAUGUCAGUGGCAAAUGCAAAACGGACGAUUCUCAAUCCGACAAUCCCCUUCACUGAGAUUAUACCGGGUGGUCUUCACCCAGGAGAGAUGAUUGUUAUACAGGGAUGUGUUCAUAAUGAUGCGGACAGGUUUCAGUUCGAUUUGACAUGUGGCUGCAGCACAAAGCCACGGGCGGACGUUGCCUUUCACUUCAAUCCCCGCUUCAGCAGCUCUCCACAGAUCGUGUGCAACUCAUUACAACAUGAAAACUGGGGAAGAGAGGAAAAUAUUGACCUUAUGCCUUUUAAACAAGGAGCAACUUUUGAGACCAUAAUCUUGGUUCUUUGUGAUGUUUUCAAAGUAGCAGUUAAUGGUGUUCACAUUUUGGAGUUCAAACACAGAAUUCCUCUUGAGAUGGUCAACACAUUUUCAGUCUCUGGAAAAGUAGAACUGCAUGCCAUUGGCUUUAUCCCUGACUCAGCAGUAUUUUCAAAAUCUGGUGACCUAAGCAUACCCUACAAGGGCAGUUUACUUAGAGGACUCAUUCCAGGGCAGCAUAUUACAAUCAAAGGGCACAUCAGCUUAUUUCCUCACAGUUUCACUGUUAACCUGAGGUGUAGCCAAUCAAGCAACAUUGCCCUGCACCUGAACUCGCACAUCAAAUCUGGCAUGCUUAUCAGGAACUCUCUUCUCUGCCAAUCAUGGGGCCCAGAAGAACGUGAACUGCAAUACUUUCCUUUUUCAGCUGGAAACUACUUUGAGAUGAUCAUCCUAUGUCAGCUUCCUCAGUUUAGGAUAGGAGUAAACGGAUCCCACCUGCUGGAUUAUAGGCACAGAGUGCAGGACUUGAGCUCCAUUGAUCAGCUGGAAAUUCUGGGUGACGUGGAACUGCAAAAUGUUCAGUUGUGGAACCAGAAACCUAUAGUAAUCAGAAGAACUUGACUGACAUCAACAAGCGAAACAGCAGGAAGGUCUCCUUA